GAUGUUGCAAAGGCCAAGACUUUACCAAGGUUCAGAAAAGAGCUGGAUACAUUCAGGGAGGUUCAGUCCAUCGAUGGCUGGUGUCCCUGGCCUCUGUCAGAAGCUGGGAAUGGCCAAUAGGGGAGGCAUGGUUCCCUGUUCGGGUCACUCCCUCUGGGGCACUUGGCCCUGGGCGAGACGGGCCCUUGCUCUGACGGUUCGUCCGUUCUCCCUGGCAGACAGGCGCAGAAGGGCCUUCAGUCUGCUGAGCUGCUUUGCGGGGGGCGUGUUCCUGGCAACCUGCCUCCUGGACCUGCUCCCCGACUACCUGGCGAGCAUCAGCAUGGCCCGAGGGGCUGUGAGGAGCGGGCCGGGCCGCGCCGGUGUUCCCCUCCAGUUCCCCCUGCAGGAGUUCAUCUUGGCCAUGGGCUUCUUCCUGGUGCUGGUGCUGGAGCAGAUCGUGCUGGCCCACAAGGACCAGUCCGGCUCGCUCGAGGAGACGCGGGCGCUGCUGGGGGCCUCGGUCCAGGCCGGGACGGUCCAGGCGCUGCACUGGCCCGAGGAGCCCCCGCGCCCCCACGCGCACUCGGCCCUCCGCUCCUUCCUGCUGGUGGCCUCGCUCUCGCC